AAAUUGAUCAGAAAUGAGAAAAAAACUAUCUGCAAAAUUAAAAGCUUACUUUAUAUUUUUUACUAAUAGUUAACGGUAUUUUGUGUCGUAACCUAGCUUUUAGAAUUCUAACUGAAAUUUUGGCUGCAGAGAAAUAAGUGGGAAAAAGGAACAAAAUGAGCAAAGCGCAGCGCAUGGCUGGCUGGGGAGAUAGAGGAUGAUGAAAUGGAAGAAAAAGUGGUGUUUUGGGUGAUGCAAAAGUGAGAGAGAAAAUAUAUUCUGAAUUUGUCUGCUCUCGUCGUUUUCUCGCAAACUUCAAGAUUUGUCAUCAAAUUUCGCACACUUCCAUCGCAAUUUCCGGGAUUUGUAUAGCGUUUACGUUCUACAGUUUCUCUAUCCACUCCCCACAUAUCACUUCUCUCCUUUCUUCAUAUUUUUUUAACAGGAUCGCUGUUCAACUUCUAAUUUCUACUCCAACUUCUAAAAAUAAAUUAGAUGUUUUAAUCGAUAAGCUAUACAUGUAUUAACAUUUAUUUAUGAAAUUGAGAAAGAUGAUUUUCCUUUUUAAUUAAUUAUGUGGGUAGAUAAUUGCAUCAUAGACUUUAAGAGAUGUCGGAUGGUAGUAAUAGUCUAACCACGGACCUUAAAUUUCAAAUUCAAAAUCUAAAGAUAUUGAAAAUAUACUGUUUUCAAAAUUCGAAAACAGUUCCGAUUGCACAACAAAGAGGCUUCGAAGUGGACGAAAGAAAAGAUGGAAACAUUCUAUCCCACACUUCACAUGCCCAAAAUGACUAUUUUUGCUUUUUAUCAAACACCUCAAGUGCACCUCCCACUAUCAAGUAUGUAUCAUCAUCAAUUCAUCAUAAAGUAAAAAACCCCCCUCUCUCUCUCUCUCUCGAUCGAUCGACGUCUAUAAAUGAAAGCAGAGAUCACAACAAAACCAGAGAAAAAGAGAUCAGGGAGAGAGAAAUGGAACCUGAGAAACCAGCCAAAGACGUGUCGCUCCAAGAGCUCAGAGACAUGGUUGCAGAGUUCGCCCGAGUGCGAGGAUGGGAGCAAUACCACAGCCCUAGAAACCUGCUCCUGGCACUUGUGGGAGAGGUGGGGGAGCUGUCGGAGAUAUUCCAGUGGAAGGGGGAGGUGGAGAGGGGGCUGCCCAACUGGAGCGCGGUGGAGAGAGAGCAUUUGGAAGAAGAGGUGUCGGAUGUGUUGCUUUAUUUGGUGCGUCUCGCCGAUGUCUGCGGCCUCGAUCUCCCCCACGCCGCCCUCUCCAAGAUCGUCAAAAAUGCCAACAAGUACCCAGUCGCCGCCUUCCCCCGCGCGCUCCCAUGACUUUCGCGCGCCCUCCAUCUCUUCUUUUCUACUCGCUCUUUGAUACUUCAACUGACCUGUCAGUUUGAUUAGAAUUCCUAUGGGCUAUGGCUAUGGCUAUGGCUAUGGCUUGUUCUAAUGUUUCUAAAUUUGGUCAAUUUCUAUGUUCGUUCGUCCUUAUUACCUUUGGGAUUA